AUGAAUUUACUCUUCUCAACCAAUCAAACAGUGAUAUAUUAAUUUGAUGCGAAAGAUAACAAUAUUGAUAAUUGGACAAAGUAGAAUGGUAAUUUUUACUUCUCUUCUUGCGGAGGAAUUCCCUAUUUUUAUUCAAGUGGUAAUAAUAUUAACAGAUUAUUUUUAAACCUAGAACCUCAUUCUCAUAUUAAAGUAGAUGCAGAAAUUAUAAUUUUUGAGAACGGUUAGAAUAGUUUUUUCUUGGACUUUAUUCAAGAAAACUACUAAAUAGAGAAAUCAUCAAACUAAAAUUUAAUUUGUUUUUCUUCAUCAACUUAAUAUGUGAAUAGUAUUUCAAUCAGUCUAUCACAUAAAAGAAAAAGCUUUUGGAUAAGAAUUUCGUAAUUCAAUGUAGGAUUAAUAAAAUUAUCAUUAAGUAUCACAUGUGAGUAUCAUUGUGCAGAAUGCUUUGUCUAAUAUUAAGGUUAGUGCUUAUCAUGGAAACUCCAUUAACAUUCUUUAAUUAGUAAGCCAUCGCAACAAAUUCUGAUGGAUGGUCUUAUAACUUAUAUGUUUAUUAGGGUUGGGAUUGCGGGGACUGCUAAUUUUAACAAUUUCAUAGAAUUAAUUAUGUUACAAUACUCCCUCCAAAUUACGAUAUAUUAAUAAGGUUUUAUCACAUUUUUAGUUAUAUCUAUGUAAACUAUAAUUAUGGUGAAGAAUUUAUCGAGAGUUAGUAUGGAGUAGUAGAAAUAUUAAUAAAAAAUCAUCCUGAUGAUCUAUUCUAACUGGAGAUUAGAUCUGCUGGAAGUCAAGGUGGCAUAAGAGAUUUUGAAAUAUAUUACAGUUAGCCAGCACCAGUAAUAAUAAUUCAGAAUGUUAUUUUAGGCUGUUUAGAUUAAGUUGAUGAUUAAUGUCUGUUUUGCUAAGAAGGUUGGAUUUAAGAUGACUCACUAUAGAAUUGUCAUCCAAUAUGUGGGGAUGGUAUCAUUUAAGGAUUAGAACAAUGUGAUGAUGCAAAUCAAGUUUUCUUGCCCAUUUUUUUGCUAAUAAUGUGAGUUUGGAAAAUGUUUAAAGUGUUAAUCAAAUUACGAAUUAAUCGAUAAUGGAUGUUUAGAAAUAAAUAAUAUUUAUGCUUUAGAACCAUUACCUGAACUCUAAUAUUCAAUUUCUAAUUUAUUAGAUUAAGGAAGUUAUUAUCAAUUGUUAUUGCAAUAUUAGUUUGCUGAUUAGUAGACAUAGCCCAUACAUAUUUCGAAUUAACCCUUAUAAACGGAUGAUAUAUUUGGAUAUUAGUUUAAGAGAAAAACAAUAGAAAAUUGCUUAUUAAGUUUAUUUGAUCAAUGUCUAGAAUGUUAAACUUUUUAUAAGCCAUCUUAGAAUAAGAAUAAGUGCAUUCCGAAAUGUGAUGAUGGAAUUGUUAUUGAAAAUGAGAUUUGUGAUGAUUUAAAUAAUAUUCAAUUUGACGGUUGCUAUAAAUGCUAAUUAAGUUGCUAAUUAGAAUGUAAUGAAUGCAUCCAAUAAUAAUGCUAUUCUUGUAUUGAUGGUUGGUAGUUGAUAGAUUAAAAAUGUUAUCAAAUAUGUGGGGAUGGUUUAUUGGCUAUCUCUUCAUUAGAGUAGUGUGAUGAUGGAAAUUAUCAACCUUAUGAUGGAUGUUAUAAUUGCAAAUUCGAAUGCAAUUCAUAUUGUUUCUAAUGCGAUAGUUCAAAUAAUUGUUUAUUAUGUGUAGAAAACUUUGAGUUGAUUGAACAAAAUUAAUGCAAACCAAUAUGUGGAGAUGGAAUUAUCAUAUAAGCAUUAGAGGAGUGUGAAGAUAAAAAUGAUAUUCAAUUCGAUGGUUGUUAUUAAUGUCACUUUUAAUGCAAUCAAAAUUGUAUUAAAUGUGUACAAGGUAUCUGCUAGGAAUGUACUGACGGAUAUGAUUUAAUUAUAAAUGAAUGUCAAAAAGUAUUAAUUGAUGAUUCAAAUGAAAGUGACGACAUUAACAUAAUCAAAAUCUAAAAAUGUGGAGAUGCAUAUAAAACAACUUUUGAGUAAUGUGAUGAUGGAAAUCGAGAUAAUGGUGAUGGAUGCUCUAACAAAUGCAUGAUAGAAGAAAAUUGGAAUUGUAAUUAGGAUUAACCUAAUUCCUGUCUUUUAUAAACUAAAUAUUCCUUAAAAUAUGAAAAUCAAACAUUUGAACAUUAAUUUGUUUCUCUAAAGUUUUCUAAUGAAGUGAAAUUAGUUUCAAAUAUAAAUUUUACUCAAUCAAUUUAACCAAAAAUAAUCAAUUUAAAUUAAAAUCAAUAUCAAAUAACAACUAACCCUGUAGUGGAUGUUAAUGCAACUUAUUUUACUAUGGCUUUGUUCGAGUUUGAGAUUGUCAUUUUUGAAUAAAUGUCAUAACCAAAUUUUUCCAUUUCCUUCCAUUCAUCUUUAAUUGAUAAUAACAAUAUGCCAGUUGAUCUCCAUUCAUAAUCAUUAUUACUUAAAACACCUAAAAUUAUCAAUUAGAAUUAAAUUAAUAUUGCAAAUAAGUUUCAAAAUCUUGGAAAUAUUUUAAUUAUAGGCUUAGGAGCUAUAAGCAUACUGAUGUUAUUGUUCAAAUAACCAUUGCAAUGUUUUGAAAUAUUUGACCUUUUACAAUUUUAAUCAUAUUUGAAAUUUGUAAAUAUUUCUUAUCCUUAAAAUCUAUAGAUUUAUUUUCAAUCUUCAGAAAUUGUAACGGUUAGCCCAAUUUUAUUUUCAUUAAAAGUAACAGAUCUUUUUAAUUAACUCAUUACUAGCAACUUCAUUCCAAGUAUAGGAAAGUUUUAAGAGUAUCAAACAAAUGCUGACUUACUUUUCAAUAUUUAGAGUUAAAUCUUUUAAAUUGUCUUCAUUAGUUUGUUAUACUUAUUUUUAUACUUUUAUCCAAGAAUAUCGCAUAAUUAUUUAUUUACAUUUAGAACUGUUUAUUUUACUAGGAAAAAGAAUUUAUAAUGGCUCAAUCAGCUCGUAAUUAAACUAUAUCUAAUUAAUAAAAAUAUCUUAAAUUUAAGGAAUAUUUACUCUAUGAAAGGUUUUAUUCAACUCUAUUAUGCAAACUGCUGGGAUUUGCUUUUUAAAGUUUUUUUGUUUAUGAUCUCGAACACAGAAACAGGAUAUCGAUCAAAGAUAUCUUUUGGGGGUGACCUGAACAUUAAAGGAACGAACGAAAACUUGAAAGUUUCAAAACUAAGGUUUUAAUAGUUUGAGAGCAUAACUUUAUUAAAAAAACUCUUAUUUAUCUCUAUAUUAACUGCUCAAUAAAGUAGCGGCAUAAUUCAAUGCGUCAUGCUAACACUGUUGAGUUUAGGAUAUAUCGGAUUAUUAUUAACGAUCAAGUAAAAUAUAGAAAGGAAUAAUUUGGACGGAAGUUCCAGUCAUGUUCUUUACAUUAAUAAGUUUAAUUUAUUGUUCUGA